CCUCUGUAGGCGAAAUUCUCUCCGAACCAGCGGAUGAUUUUAUCCAGCGUUUCUUCCUCGGUAUUUCCUGUGUGUAUUUUAAGCUCUUCGUGUGUCCGUGGAUAAUUUAACCCCUUAAAUAAUGCUCCUGGAGAGGGUCUAGCUUUAACGGAGCUGGGAACAUCUUUAGCGGGCACAGUGAGAUGCUUCCCCGGGGCGCUGAACCUGCUCCGUCCGGCACACAAAGCCUGUGAAGCAGGCCGAGUUUCUCUGCUCCUCCGCGCCGAUGAUGGUCAAACAUGACGGGGAAUCAUUUCAAAGGCCAGGAGGUCAGCUGCUGCAUCAAAUACUUUAUUUUCGGAUUCAACAUCUUGUUCUGGCUGCUGGGGAUGGCCUUGGUGGGAAUCGGACUGUGGGCCUGGAGUGAGAAGGGUGUUCUGUCCAACAUCUCAUCCAUCACAGAUCUUGGGGGUCUGGACCCCGUCUGGCUCUUCAUGGUGGUCGGGGGGGUCAUGUUCAUUCUUGGAUUUGCAGGAUGCAUCGGAGCACUGCGAGAAAAUACAUUUCUACUCAAGUUUUUCUCUGUCUUUCUGGGGAUCAUCUUUUUCUUGGAGCUGACAACAGGCGUGCUGGCAUUCGUGUUUAAGGACUGGAUCAAAGAUCAGCUCAACCUGUUCAUCAACAACAACAUCAGAGCGUACAGGGAUGACAUCGACCUGCAGAACCUUAUUGAUUUCACCCAGGAAUAUUGGGAAUGUUGCGGAGCGUUCGGAGCAGAUGACUGGAACCUGAACAUCUAUUUCAACUGCACCGACGGGAAUCCAAGCCGGGAGAAGUGUGGCGUUCCCUUCUCCUGCUGCACUAAAGACCCAGCGGAGGAUGUAAUAAACACCCAGUGUGGAUACGACAUUCGAGCUAAACCAGACUCAGAGCAGAAGGACUAUAUCAACGUUAAAGGCUGUGUGCCACAGUUUGAGAAAUGGCUGCAGGAUAACCUGACGCUGGUGGCCGGAAUCUUCAUUGGAGUCGCUCUACUGCAGAUUUUUGGUAUUUGUUUGGCUCAGAACUUGGUGAGCGACAUCGAAGCCGUGCAGGCGAGCUGGGUGCCCCCCCCUCUGUCCAUGCGCCGACUCCCUCCACACUCCAGCAAGAAAGCCUCGGCUUACUACACAUGAGACUCACUCACACAUACACGCUGUAUGUGUGUCUGUAGCCGUUUCUUCACCUAACAAUGAAGCUGCGUUUCAACACUAACAGCUUUGUGUCUUUGAAUGCGCCUCCUUGAACACAUCACCAUGGUGCGUUUGAGGAAUCCACAACCACCUGAACCACUUGGCUCACUGAACCAGCACCUUUUCUCUCUGAGGCACUAACGCUGAAACGCUGUAAAUAAAAUCACGGUGUGAGUACUGUAAAAAAUUCACUGUUGGAUGAAGAUGGUUAAACAUGCAGAGGGUCACGGCGUUUUGAUAGAGUAGGAGUUUUAUACAUCUUUUUGAUAUUAGAUCGGUAUUUUUCACUGUGGAUCAGACACUUUGUUCGUUCACUCAUCAUGUAGGACUGUUGAAUUAACCGUGUCCAUUACACUGAGGAGGAUCACAUCUGUUUGUUCGUGUGCUUUUACACCACCCGGCCAGGACUGAAGAGGACGAGAAACAAAAGUUUUAAAAAGUUAUGAUAUUGGCGCUGGAUUUUCUGUUUUUUACUGACAGCCACAUAUUUAAUGUUAAAACGUUAAGAAUAAUACGCUUUCCUUUACAAAUAUUGGAUUUAUCUCCAAAAUAAAAAUGUUAACAUUUAUUUCAUUUAUAAUCAGUUUUUAAAGAGCGUUUUUUAUAUUCAUGUGUACUACUGAGCUACAGAAAUGAACUCAUUUCCUCCUGAGAAGCAGCACAAAAGAGCAUAGAUAAAUACACAUUGAUGCCGCUUUUAUGGGGGGGUAUAGCCACAGCGCAGUCUCAUUUCCAACCUUAACCACUAACCCUUAUUUCUGGAUGCCCCUUUGCCUCUCGAAGUCUCCUCUGAUGAAACUCUUUCAACAUUUUGCAUACAAAUUGCUGAAAUAUGAAUCAAUUUUCCUGCAUUUUUAAUAAUCAAGCAUCCUGGAUCAUAAACAGAUACAAGACAUAUUUGACAAAACAAAAACACGAAAAUACAUUCACAUUUCAGCAACAUAUGAACAUUUAACAAAGGAGAGACUUCUCACUGUCAUAGACUUCCAUUUAUUUUGAGCUGUGUCUACACCUCUCCAAUAUGGCGCCUAUGAAGACACGUCAGAAGCCCAAAACUAGCAUCUAUAUGAUUGCAGGGGAAAUGACUAAAAAUACUUUUAACCAUGAUGAAUUUAUUUAAAAAUAAAUGGAUUAAAGAAUGGCUUUUCAAGCAGUAUUCAGAUAUUUUUAAACAUCAUAAUGGCAGCUUGACUGAUACAGCACUCUGGCAAUAAAAAGUGCAUUACAGAGCCUGUUUUGCAAAGGAGUCUCGUGAAAUGAUGACAAUUUUUUUUACCAUCUUUGUCAUUUAUAUCCUAAAAUAUGUAAAGAAAAAGCCCAUGUUUUAAAAUCCCUAUUUUUAUUUUGUGUUCUUUCUGUUUUCAUAUGGCAGCUUGAAUUUAGAGAAGCUUUAACAUGUCUUCUUUGCAGGUUUUACUUUUUAUAAACUUUUUUUCAAUAAAAUAUGGUUAGUUCAUACAUUUAUUAUGGCUGCAUGCCCAAACAUGGUUGCUGUGAUUAUUCCUUCUCUGAUUGGUUCUCUUAAUCAGCCUGGGGCCUGUAUUAUCGCUAUAAAUCCCCACGUUAGAUUAAAUCAACCCCAAACAGUGUUAUUUAGAUUUCAAAGAGUAUGAUUUAGUUGGACUGUCAUGUUAACAGGUGUUUUUUAAGUCCAGUUUUAGUCAGACUGACACAGUAAGUUCACAUUCUUGUCUUCAUGUAAACAUACUGACUGUGGGGUAAAGUGGUCUUCUACAGUUGUCCAUCCUAGGAGAGAGUUCUGGCUGCAGACCGCAGAUCUCAGACUGCCCCUCUUGCAGACACCAACAUGAGAGGCAACCCUCUGUCAGAGCAGAAGGGACGUAAUUUUCUGGUAUAACUUUUAAGAUUUUUUAGCUUUAAUCAUGAUCAAAGUCUGGCAGUGCGUUGGCUUUGUUAGAUUUUUUCCUGUAAGCAGAUUGUUUAUUCAAUUUUAUUAAACACUUUGUAAUCCUUUUCCCUUAGGGAAAUACAAAGAUUCUUUAGAUUACUGCUAUAACAUCAGCAGUAAUGCUGCUGUUGAGAUUUGCUUUCAACAACUCACCAAAUGACUGCACCAUGAAAUCUGGAAUACGGAUGUGUGCUAUUAGGGAGGCUGAUGGGGGAGAAUUUUCUGGCCGAUAAUGCGACAGCCAAACAACAAAGUCUGUCUUAUUAUGAAGGUUUUUCCAAAUGCAGCCUUAUUACCCAAUCCAACAGAGAAACCAUCCAAAUUAAAUGCAGGAUUAUGACCAAAUGGGAGGGAAAGAUGGUUAAAAGUGGUGUCCCUCAAUGACUUACAUUAGAUUCAUUGUGUGAUGAUGUUAGCUUCAGUCUUUAUCAUAAAGGUGCAUUUCUCCACAUUUCAUUCAGGUAUAUCUGUCAGUAAGGGAUGUAGCCACCUUUAAAGAUAAAAACAUGAGGUAUGGUUUGUGUUUCAUAUACACCCUAUCUCACAGCUUUUUCAAAUGUAUUUUCAUACAGAAGCAGGCCCCAAAUUCUUGCUUCCUUUUUUGUUUUUAACCAGCUUGAACAGAAGGAAUGAUCACAGCAAGCAUUUACACUUUUGAUGAUUUAAAGGCAUGCUAAUUUGAAACUGAGCCAAAUCCUUUAAGACAUUGUUAAAAGGGAAACCCAUUUUUAUUUACAAGUCAGAAAGUCAAAUAGUUGAUUUGGAUUUUUCAUAUGGGCACACUCAAUCUAGGACUUUGGUUCUCAACUGGUGGGAAAGGACCCACUCAAAAGGCCCUUUUCAGAGGGCCAUGGAUGCUUGGUUAAAAAAAUAAUAAUAAUAAUAAAUUAAGUUGGUAAAAAGUCUAUGGUGUGCUUUUAUUUUGAAGGACGUUUGGUUCUUGGUUUGUUCUAUCUGAAGUCAAAGCUGCUUCAUUUUUCAUCAUAGAAAUUUGGGUCAAGAUUAGUUGAUUAUGAGGCACUGGUGGGUCCUGACUCUAGACCAGUUGAGAACCACUGCACACUGUGCUGAAGCAUGAUUGCCCCCACUCCCAGUCCCCCACUGUGCUGCACCCACAUCACAGUUAGGUCUGAGCCUGAUGACCUUUUGCACGUACAGGCUGACUCUGAAUAGUACCAUCUACCCAAAUUUAUUACCAGCCACUGAGUGUGGUACGGAGUUCUAAAACUGGACUACAGGGGUCAAACAUACUUGAGCACAGUCUGGAUUUCCUAGUGUGCAUGCACUCUAAGACCAGCUCUAACAGACAAUAGUGAAAAGACUACAUCCUUUGAAUAAAACACUAAGUAAGAGUCACUUUUGAGAAGAUAACCCUUUUGUAGACACAUUUUUCAACAUGUUAAAGCUGAUUUUGAAUGAAGAAAGCACUUGUUUAAGUCCUGGUUCUUGUAAGAUGACUACAUGUUUGCAGCUGUGGCCAUGGUGUUAUUUCAUGUCAUAUUUAAUCAUAAAGAAGUUGCUUUUAAAAAUGUGGAUUUAAGAGUUACCAGCAAGAAGGCGAGCCAUGGAGACGCUGAAGUGUUCUGUGUGUUUUUCAGACACCUUGACAUGUUGUGAGAGCACGUUUGAGCAUUUUCUCUGCCCUUUGAAUGAAAAAAGUCUCACAUGAUUGUUUUUCACUUUUUAAUGCAGAUCAGGAUGAAUCCAGCCUAAAACUACUAAUGUGGAUUUUUAAACAGAAAAUGUUGAGAUGUUGAUUUUUAUCUGUGUUAUUUUGAUGGUUUUUGCUGAAAGCAUGCACUUGUUUUGUUUGUAGAAAGUACUGACAGUAUUUUUAUGGUAAGCUUUGUAAAAGAUGGGUAUUGUUGGAGUUUAAGCUACUGAAAAAGGGAUCAACGCUGUUUUUAUACUAAUUAUUUAUUGUUUAAUUUGGUUUUAUAACUUCAACUGAAUAUUUAAAAGGCCUGAGACAGAUAAAUCACUGCUGAUUGUGUAGGAGGCUGUUGUUAUUGUGUAGACCUCUCACUCAUCACUUCAUGUUUCGACGAUCACUGACUCUCCCACAAACAUUGUAAUCUGUAACUACCUCCUCUCAUCUCCUUGUCUCAUCCUGCUGAAAUUGACUGCUUUUAAUAUAGUCAAAUUAAUUAAUAAAGGUGAAUAAAAACGUG